AUGGAUCGCUAUCGCGUGGACAAGGUGGUGGGCAAGGGGAGCUUUGGUCAGGCCAUCCUCUGCGCUAGGAUUGCAGAUGGCAAGGCGUGUAUUGUCAAGCAGGUGGACACUUCGAAGCUCCCUGCAAAGGCUCGUCGAGAAGCGAGCAAAGAAGCUACCUUGCUGGCCAAGCUCAAGCAUCCCAACAUCGUGGGCUUCUGGGAGAGCUUCUUCCACGGAGCCUCUCGAGACGUGCUAUGCAUUGUCAUGGACUACGCCGACGGCGGGGACCUCAGCUCCUGCCUCAGCAGGAGGAACGGCCGCCUGAUCGACGAGGAAAUUGUCCUCGACUGGUUCGUGCAGACGACGCUCGCUCUCAAGCACAUCCACGACCGAAAGAUUUUGCACAGGGACCUCAAGACGCAGAACAUCUUUCUGACGCGUUCGAGGGUGGUCAAGCUCGGGGACUUUGGCAUCGCUAAGGUCCUUGGGAGCACCUUUGACCUGGCGAGGACAGCUAUUGGAACUCCCUACUACAUGUCACCCGAGAUAUGCCAGGAGAAGCGGUACAACCACAAGUCCGACAUGUGGAGCUUAGGUUGCGUCCUGUAUGAGAUGACCUGCCUACGUCAUGCGUUUGAAGGCAACAACAUGCGGCUGCUGGUGAUGAAGAUUUGCUCGCAGGAUCCGCGGCCGAUAUCUGCAAGGUAUAGCUCCGGCGUGCGCAGCCUUGUGGCGCAGCUUCUGAAGAAGGAUCCCCACGCGCGGCCUAGCACCGGUGCGGUGCUGCGGCGACCUCUGAUGAAGGAUAAGAUCGGACGCUUCCUCAGCAAGGCGCAGAAGAGUUCAGCAAUGGUGUAUCUCCAGGCCAUCAGCCAACCGCCUCCUCCUCCUCCUCCUCCGCUGCCGCUGGGGCCGCAUCCGCCGCGCCGAACUCUCUGUCCAGUGCGGCCGCCGCCGCCGCCGCCGCCCCUCGGUGGCCGUUCAACGGUGCCGGUAUCAGCCGCCCGCGACCAACGGGCGCUUCGCCCGGGGGCGGUCGCGAGAACAUCGACGCCGGGCGACGGGCACGGCCGAUCGGCCUCGAGGGAGGACGGGGUGGCGGCGAGGUUGUUGCCCAAGGAGAAGCGGCAGCAGGCUUGGCGGAAGAACGGAGAAAAAGGUGGUCCGCAGAAGAGGAAGCGGCCGACGAGCGGAGGAGGAGGGCUGAGGCUUUGGCGAGAAAGAAGGAGAUUCGUGUACGACGGCGACGCCAAGGCUCAGAGACCCCGCCGGCCGUCUGCGAGAGCUAUGUUGCCCGCCGAAGAAGAGGGUCCGGACGUUCGCGGCGCGUGCGGAGGUGUAGCCGGAGCUCGGGAAGAGCGGGUGUUCCAACGCCUUCAAAACAUGCGCGGAGGCGGCGGUGCUUCGCCGGCCGGGGGCGGCCUAGAAGGCCCCGCGAAACCGAAGAGGCCGGACAGGGAAGCGCAAGCGAAGAGGAGGGGGGUGGUGGGGGGAGGGUUGAGGUCAGAGAGGGUCGUGGGUGCCGCGAAGUACAGGGUCGAGGAGAUGAGUGCGGCCUUGGAGUUGGUGCGGCGGCGGCGAGCGGCGAGGGCCGUCUUCGGAAUCGGGAGCCCGGACAAAGACGCCGAGGAAGACGGGCAGAGCAACUUGGAGGUGAAGUCGACCAGGAGCUGUCGCGAUCGUUCUCGGCCAGGGGAGGAAGUCACCACGCCUUGCCGUGAGUCUGGCGAGAGGACGGCGGUACCAGGAGAGCCCUCGGCCGAAACGGGAAAUGCGCCAACACCGUCGUCGGAGUCGAAACAUGCAACCAACCGUCACCACGACCGCGAUGGCAACCGCGGGACCGCUCCUGCCGACGACAAGGGAGGCGCAGACAGCGAUGGGGAGAUUAACCAAGCCGAGAACGCCAGAGAAUAUCGCCGUCGGCUGGGACAGGCCCAGCGGGAGACCGUUCCGGAGACCGUUGCGGAAACCGUUCCCCGUCAGGCCGAGCGGAAGGGGCCCAGCGAUGCUGUUGGCGGCGAUGCCGCCCCCGCCCCCGAGAACGAGCGGAAGGCCGGGGGCGUUUGUCGAGGCGAGGCUGUGUCGAUGGACGGCAGGGGGCAGGAGGCAAAGAGCAUCGCGCAAGGCCCCGGCAGCGACGUUCCGAUGGAGGCUGUUGAUGCGGAAGGCGGUUGCGGAGAUGGCGGGGUAAGGGUCAAGGUUAACCUCGGGGUGGACGACGGGUGGUUCCAGACGUUCGAAGCCAAGAUGGGCGCGAUAAAGAAGCAGGUGGAGCAGAUCAAGUCUCCGCCGACGUCCACGCCGCGACGGAGAGACGGCGACCGGGAGGACUACGUCGGCAGUAGCAGGCCGGACCCGGUCGCAGCAGCAAAAUCCCAUCGAGAUUUCGAGACACCGCCGCCGCCCCGCUACCCUAUGAGGCAGCAGCGCGCGCCUCGCGGCAUCCACAACGACGAACAAGCCGAUGACGAUGAUGAUGAUGAUGAAGCUUCUGUGCGCUCUGCGGGCUUGUUGCGGCGAUCUGACUCCUCCUUCUCGCAGCAGACGGCCAGACUUCAAGCGGCGGCAGCUGCAGUGGAAGCGGCAGCGGAGGUGCUGGCUGCCAUCCCGGCGCACACCGCAACUUCGGAGAACAACCAGACUCCCGAAGUGAGGCGCUGCCGCAGCGACGGCGACCUCCUCGUGGACCAAGGAGACCGCCUUCGUCCCCCUACGUCCGACGAGGCCGGCGACGAGGAGGCUGGCAACCCUGUAGAGGGCGUCGGCGGCAGUGGCAGCGGGGCGGCGAGGGCGAAGCCUUCGGGCCUUGGGGGUCCCGGGGGCGUGAAGGUGGCCAUGACGCCGGCUCAGCGAGGGAGCGGAGGGCGAGCGGCGGGGCAGCCUCCGGUCUCUAGCCGUAGCGAGAGAAAGCCUCCAAGACACGCUGCUGCGCUGGCGGCCGAGCUGGGACGGCAUUCGGACAACCGGCCACGGGCAAAGGCGAGAAGCGGGGUAAGGGCACCCAGCGGUAACGGCGACGGCGAGGAAGGAGGAAGAGGACUCGAGGCUCACCCCCCCUCCGCGGAAGAGAGGGUGCAGGCUCUGCGCGCCACCCGCGACCGCGAGCGAGGCAAGCUGCGGGCUUUGAUCGCGGAAAAGAGACGGAGGUCAAGCAUCGAGAAGGCCAAGGCCGCGGCGGGCGGGGAAGCGUCGCCGCAGGGCGCAGCACCGCGCGGCGAACCGGAACCGGACGAGCCGCUCCUGCCACGACAAGAGUGGAGCUCUCCCAGAGACAUGGCGGCGGCUGGGGGCGGGGGGCGGCGGCCUGCUGACCGCGCCACGGGACCCCCGGCGUCCGAGCCACGAGGAGGGCGGUGUCGAGGCACACCCCUACAUAGAGUCGCUUGCCCGAAGGGAGGAGCGCGUUCGGGGUCCGUAAACGCUUCGACUCGCCGCCGGAGAAGACCAGGGAGCGACUUCAAGAACGUCGACAGCAGCAACCAGGAGGGUGAACUCAACGCAGGGGCGAGGAGGGAACCCGCGAAGCGGCAACAGAGCCUUCGUGACUUUAUCGCGGAGAGUAGGCGGGACCAACGGGCGAGGCGGUCUGUCGGUCGUGAUGAAGACGACGACGAGGACGACGACGGCGACGGUUUCUCUGUCCUGGUGCCCUCGGGACCAAGCCGCAGGCACGGGGAGGGACGGUCGACGGACCACGAUGCGCUAGCAGCGGGAGGAGAGGAGAAGGGGGCAGGAGAGGUGGUCGGGUUUGACGACGCGGCCGUUGCCGUAGUCGCGGCCCGUAGAAAUAUUGGCCUAGACUUUGAGAAGGAGGGCAGGGUAUGGGAGGCAGAAGGAGGAGGAGGGGCAGAGGCAGCAGGCGGGGCAAGAGUUUUCUCCGAGGGUGGGGGUUCCGCCGCUGAGUUUGGCCGGGGGGGGGCGGAAGAAGAGAAGGGGGGCGAAGAAGAGAACGUUGUCAGCAGAGGGUCGUCGAAGUCGUCGUCAUCGUCCACGUUGUGGAAUUGGGAGCACGCGGCGGUUGGCGAGGCUGCGGGUGCCAUGGAAGGGGUGCACCCGGGCCUUGCGACGUACAACUCUCAGCGAACAGCGGCGGCGGUGGCGGGGGGCGGCGGCGGUGGGGGGCGCGCGGGACAGGAGGAAUACGCGCGAAUGUUAGAGCUGAUGCAGCAGGAGGUUCUCGAGCUAGGAGAUGACGCCAGCACGGACUCCGGGUGGGGCGAGAGCAGCUCCAGCUCCGGCGAGGAGUCGAAGCAGCGACCGAGCGGAGGCGACGACGAGGAGCAGAGGACUAGCGGCGGCGGCGGCGGCGGCGGCGAAGAAAGAAGUCACAACGAAGACGGUGUUAGUAGCAACAACGCUUCCCGGGUCGUUUCAGGACCCGAGCUGGCCGUGUUCUUGUCUCAGGGGGGGGUGGAGGGUAGCGAUCCCAACGGCGGCGGUCUUGAUGCGAAGGACGAUCAUGGGUCGUCGGGAGCGGCGAAUUUGCUGUCGCCUGGUGCCCCCUCCUGCGGCGGCGGAGACUCCUCGGUCCUCGCGUACUCUGGGUCUGGGCUCCAGGGUUUAGCGGCGGGCGGGGACGUUUCGACAGCGGAAGAGCUCAGGAGUGCUGCUUGUCGAGGCGGAGAAUUCCCGUGGGCAGCGGAUGAGGUACUAUCUCGUGAAGAGGAGUGCUGCGGGGAUAGUAGUGGGAAGGUUCCGGUGGCAACAGAUGGGACGCCUCUCAGAGAUACCCGUGAGGAUCUCGGGACGAAGUCGUCAUCCCUCAGUGGCGAAUUGCGAGGUGUAGAUUUUAUCCUCAGCAAGUCGAUGACCAGAGGUGCGCACCCUUGA